UUUCGCCUUAUCCUCGCCAUCUCCCGCUUCUCUCGCUCAACAGCCAACAUGGUGGCGAGAAAACGGUCGACGAGGUCUGCAACCUCAAAGAGAACGUCCUCCUCGAAAAUUGCCACUGCAGAACCCUCCCUGCCCGCUCCAAAACCACCUCCCAGACGCAGUGCCAGAACGUCGAAUGUUACCGAGAUUCCUGACUCUGAUGAGGUAGAAGAGAUCUUGCCCUCUGAUCUCAAGCCCAAGACCAACUUUCAGGGAGUCUUCAUUCCUACCUCAAUUAAGAAUCGGGGUGAACCCAACGCAUCUACCGGCCCUUCCUCGAUCGCUGAUUCCCUAGAGUCCAAUUAUGAAACUCCUGCUACAAGCACUGUCCCCACACCAAACGCUGCGGAGUAUCAACCCAAGGCAACUAUUUCUGCGACUACUCGAGCACUAGAACUGCGCUCCUCGGAAUAUUCUCUGAAGCCGGGCUCGUCACGAAAACGAUCUGGUAAAGAGGUUCAACAUCCAGAAGAAGAUGCAGAUGAGGAACUUGCUCGUGCCUUACAAGCAGAAGAAUACGAAGCAGCGGCCGUUAGUGACGACUCUGAUGCUCAGCCAUUGUCAAAGCGUCGUCGCACUGAGGCACAUGUAAUUCCGGACAGCGAUGAUAGUGACAUCGAUGUCCCUCGUUCCAUCCUGCCACGCAAAAGACUCCCUGAUCAGCUAAAUGCUGGACCAUCUGCCCAGGCAGGCGUGUCUCUUGUCGACUCAGAACUAUCGUCACUUGGUUCUUUCAGUGAUAUAGAUGAAUUCGACUCUGAUGAUUUUUCUCUUGAGGAUUCCACUGAUGCGAGCGUCGACCUUGACGGUAAUGAAGUUACAGCACCACCGACAAAUUCUCGAAGUCUCUACGCAAGACUGCAUCGGAGAAGACGCGGCUGGUCUCCUUCUCUCCUCAUGGAUCCUCAGAAACGACGAGCCAAGCGAGAACGCGAUAAGCUCGAAAAGGCACAUCCUGAGAUCAAGACUAUGUGGGAUGACCUUCAAGGUAUUCAACCGAUCAAACCCGUUCCUGCUGAUCAACCAGCCGGCAUCAAUCGCAAGUUGAAACCCUUUCAGUUGGAAGGCUUGGACUGGAUGAUCAAGCAAGAAAAGUCUACUUGGAAGGGAGGUCUGCUCGGCGAUGAGAUGGGUAUGGGAAAGACAAUUCAAGCUGUCAGCUUAAUCAUGUCCGACUGGCCUGCCAAAAAUCCAAGUCUUGUCGUUGUCCCACCCGUCGCUCUCAUGCAGUGGCAAUCUGAGAUCACCGACUACACCAGCGGAAAGCUCAAGGUGCUUGUGUAUCACACUUCUGCCAAUCCCAAGUGCAAACUCAUGACAGUGAAAGACCUAAAGAAGUAUGAUGUGAUUAUGGUUUCCUAUUCCGGGCUCGAGUCAAUGUAUCGCAAACAGCACACGGGCUGGAAUCGCAAUGAUGGGAUUGUCAAAGAGGACAGCGUGCUACAUGCGAUCAAGUUUCAUCGGCUCAUCCUUGACGAAGCUCACAGCAUCAAGUCUCGCACCACGGGUGUCGCCAAAGCCUGUUUUGCGCUGAAGUCUGAGUACAAGUGGUGUUUAUCCGGCACUCCAGUUCAGAACCGCAUCGGAGAAUUCUUCUCUCUCCUUCGGUUCCUUGAGGUGAUGCCUUUCGCUUGCUACUUUUGCAAGCAAUGCAAGUGUCGACAGCUCCAUUGGAGUCAAGACAGUCUGAAGAUGUGUACUUCUUGCAAGCACAGCGGUUUCAGCCACGUGUCUGUUUUCAACCAAGAAAUCUUGAAUCCAAUCACCCAGAACGAAGACACCACACUGAGAAAAAAGGGUUUGGAGAAGCUGCGCUUCAUCACUGAUCGUAUCAUGUUGCGUCGAAUGAAGCGUGACCACACAUCUUCUAUGGAACUUCCGCCAAAGGACGUCAUCAUCCACAACGACUUUUUUGGUGAGAUGGAACGUGACUUCUCACAGAGCAUCAUGUCCAAUUCCACGCGCAAAUUUGACACCUAUGUGGCUCAAGGUGUCAUGUUGAACAACUAUGCCAACAUUUUUGGUCUCAUCAUGCAAAUGAGACAAGUUGCGAAUCACCCAGAUCUGAUCCUGCGCCGUAAUGCGGAGGAGGGCCAGAACAUCUUGGUGUGCUGCAUCUGCGACGAACCUGCAGAAGAUGCCAUUCGCUCCAAAUGUCACCACGAAUUCUGUCGCCAAUGUGCCAAGGCAUACGUGCUAUCUUGUGAUGGCAGUGGAGGCGAUGCUGACUGUCCCCGAUGUCACAUCCCUCUCCAGAUUGACUGGGAACAGCCAGAAAUUGAGCAAGAUGAGGAGACGGUAAAAAAGUCAUCCAUCAUCAAUCGCAUCAAGAUGGACGACUGGACUUCAUCAACCAAGAUUGAGAUGCUGGUCUAUGACCUUUAUAAACUCCGAAGCAAGAAGCAGACCCACAAGAGUAUUGUAUUCUCACAGUUCACGUCAAUGCUGCAGUUGGUUCAGUGGCGUCUCCAGAAGUCUGGCUUCUCCACCGUUCUACUUGAUGGCAGCAUGAGCCCUGCUCAGAGACAAAAGUCGAUUGACCACUUCAUGAACAACGUUGAUUGUGAGGUAUUCUUGGUCUCACUCAAAGCUGGCGGUGUUGCUCUCAACCUCACCGAAGCAAGUCGAGUUUACAUUAUCGAUCCAUGGUGGAACCCAGCUGCGGAGUGGCAGUCAGCAGAUCGUUGCCAUCGUAUUGGCCAACGUCGGCCUUGUGUUAUCACACGGCUCGUCAUUGAAGAUUCAGUCGAGUCAAGAAUGGUCUUGCUUCAAGAAAAGAAGGCAAACAUGAUCAAUGGAACUGUCAACAACGAUCAAGUUGCUUUGGACAAAUUGACACCAGAAGACAUGCAAUUCUUGUUCCGCGGAAGUUGAUCGGCUUGUCAACAAUGAAGUCUGGAAAGGCUGGACCAGACGAUGAAGAAAUGCAUUGAGCUGGCUUGCUCUGCAUGAAAUACGACGAAUUAUGGUGAUGUAUAAUGAUCCCGACGAAGAGUGUAUGAUAUGGCGAAGAUGGCGAAAGGGCACCACUCUCUGAUGAGGGAGAAGACAGGCCGCAUGAUAUUGCAAGUCCAAAGCUGGAGCGGAAAUACGGUUUAUUUUUCUCAUGAAGCAAGACUCAAGACGGCAAUUAGAGCGGGCAGCCCAGCAGUUGAAUUAGAUGUGUAGAGCUAGAUAAGACAGAGCAAAAGUAUUAUGUUAUUUCCGAG